AUGGAAACAACGUUAAGCGAUGAUUUAGUGAAUGUACCUUUUGCAAGAAUUUCAAAAACUGUUGUUAAAAUAUCAGACUUUGAAGAAAGAUCAUUUAAAAACUAUGCGCAAUUACAUUUCGGUUCGCCCUCUUUGCCGUCAUCUUCGAAUAGCAAAAAAUUAUCAUACAAUGAUAAAAAAUACUAUGAAGGAAAACUUAAUAAAAAAUAUGGUAAAAUGCAGCAUAAAAUGGAAGAAAUGGCAAAUGAAUCAAAAAAAAAUGUUAUAGCAGCGGCAGUAGCAGCUACUAUUAACCAACAACAUUCUCAUAUUUCAAAAUAUAUUCCAAAAUGGAAUAAAAAUAUUAAUGUUUUAAGAACAAACAAACGUUGUUUAUCUUCUUCUAAUAGUAGUAAUAUUGGUGGUGGUGGUGACAGGUUGUAUACAAAUCAAUCACCAAUAAGAGAUUAUAUGAUGAGAUCUGCACAACAAAAAACAAAUCCAAAUAAUGAUUUUAUUUUCGUUAUGACGCCACCGCCAUUUAACCCAUUUGAUCAUUGUGAUAAUAUUGAUAAUAAUAGCAAUCUCAAUUAUCCAGUAAAACAAUCUGAAUCUUUAUCGCUUACUCUUGGAAAUCCUAUUGAUUCUACUAAAACAGAUAAACAAUAA